AUGCUCGUUGGCCUCGCGCUCGCUCACUCGGCCGGCUCCGGCCUCCGGCCUACGCGCCUCGGUCGCGCUGCGGUCUCCGCGCUCGCCUCGUCGUACGGUGGCGAGACGGCGCCCACCUUUGACAACGAGUGGGAGCACGAGAUGGCCGGCGCGGAGAAGCUGGCCAAGCACGUCCCGGCGUGGGCGGCAGAGAUCAUGCUCGACGAGGCAGCGGGCGCCGAGUACGAGGCGGAGCAGGCGCGCGCGCGCGCCGAGGCGCACAUCGGCGACGACUACGGCGCGCCGCUCGAGGCGGUGCUUGCGAAGCUGCUGGAUCUGGGCGUGCCGGAGCGAGACUUAAGGCCGGAGCGGCCCCUCUCGGAGGCGUGCACCGCGGCGCAGGCCCUGGUGCACUACCUGCAGGGCGGCGGCCCGGUCGAGCCCGCCAGCCCGCCACGCUGCGACCCGAUCGAGCUGCGCGAGGGGCUGGCCGACGAGUCGAUCGGCGAGCUAGCCUCGGAGCUGGGCGUGCCGCACGAGGCCGUGCUCGAGCUCGCUCGGCGGCUCAAGCCCCGGCCUCUGCUCGGGCAAUCUCGGGUAAUCUCGGCUGAUCUCGGCUGAUCCCGCCAGGCGGCUCAAGCUGCGGCAUCUGCUCGGGUAAUCUCGGGUAAUCUCGGCUGAUCUCGGCUGAUCCCGCCAGGCGGCUCAAGCUCCGGCCGCUGCUCGGCGCGGCGACGCUGCUGCCCCGCAACGAGCUCGCGCUGCUGCGGAACGAGUGCGUUCGCGGCGCGCGCUGAGGGCGAAGGGCGGCGCGUUUCGCGGCUGCGGCUGCAUUGCGGGACCCUGUCCCACGUGAGUUCCUCUCCCGCCGCGGCUGCGUGCGCCGUGUGUGAGGUGUGAGCACGAUCGAGACCUCCAGUGCAAAAGUGCGACAACUUCGAACUUGUAAUCGGUGCUGGUCUGCUGGCGACGUUUCUAGACGAAA